AUGCAUCUAAGAGAUUACGCCAAGCCGGUCUUUAAAUCCCUUGGCUGUAAAAUAGACAACUGUAUCUACACUGAGGAUAAGUCUUUAGCUGAUGAAGCUGACGCCAUUGUUUUUAUAGCAAAAAGUUUGGGGGAUAAACCAAGAAAAUUGCCACAACAUCGUUGGGUAUGGGUGAACCACGAGAGCUCGUGUUAUUCCAAAGAAGUUGGAGGUGUUUGGGCGGGGAUGUUUAAUUGGACCAUCACAUUUCGGAGAGACUCAACGAUAUUUUUCCCAUAUGGUUACGCCCUAAAACGAUCGACCCCUCUUACUAAAAAUUACACUAUAACGGCGCUCAACAAAACUAAAUUGGUCGCCUGGAUGGUCAGCAAGUGUGUGACUCGGAGUCAACGAGAGAGAUAUGUCUCCGAACUUCAGAAAUACAUCCCUGUUGACGUGUACGGUGCGUGUGGCCCCUUAAAGUGUUCGAAGCGCGAUGAUAAAAACUGUUUGGACAACAUUAACAGGGACUACAAGUUUUACCUGUCCUUUGAGAAUAGUAUCUCAACGGAUUACAUCACAGAGAAAUUUUGGAAAAUGUUGGAUCGUGACAUAGUGACGGUAACAAGAGGUCCGGCCAAUUAUUCCAGGGUUGGAAUAAAACCCGAGUGGCACAUCAAUACGAACGAUUUUAAAUCUCCCAAAGAUUUAGCAGACUAUCUGAAAUAUUUGGACAUGAAUGUCACGGCGUAUGUUAAAUAUUUAGAGUGGAAGAACCAGUAUGUUGGACUGUAUUCGAAGGCAGAGGUAUACUGUGACUUAUGUGCCAAAUUAAACGACAUCAGUGAACCGGUGACAUGGUACCCGCCGGGCGAGCUGACCAGGUGGUUUAUUGACGGACAUUGUAUUCCUCCAAAUGAUUUGGAUUUUAACACUUAA